AUGGAGGAAGCAGUUGGAACCGAGGUGAGACCAUCGCAAACUGCAGCGAUAGGUUGUGCCAGCAAGGGUUCCAAUACGCUCCUAACUGCUACGCUCCACCGAAGCGCCUCGAGAGAAGCCGCGUACGCAAUUGCGUAUGUGCUUCAUGUCGUUUUGGCACUAGUUGGGUCAAAACGACAUGAAGCACGGACCGUUGCGCAAGCGGCCGUCCUCGCAAGCGGUGCGGUGGAGACAGCGGUUGGAAUCGAGGUAGGACCAUGGCGAACUGCAGAGGUGGUUGGCGGCAGCGAGGAUCCUUACACGAUCCCAAGCGCUGCGCUCCACCUCUCCGCCUCGAGCGCAGCCGCUUGCGCAAAUGUCCAUGCUUCAUGUCGCUUUGACCCGACUAUACUGUACGUAUACAAUUACGGCUGA